AUGGUAGGCUUUGACGCAAGAAAUAUAGCUGCGAUCGACUUUCUAUUUCUUUGUCGAAUAUGCAGCCUUAUUUUACGAGACCCAGUUCAAUUGUUAUGUGGGCACCGUCAAUGCAAAUCAUGCGUUGAAUCAAUAGAAGGGGAAACAAUAGCAUGCCCUGAUUGUCAGGAAGCAACACCGAAAAAUGAGGUGUUGGUUGACAGGGGUUAUAAAAAUGAUAUGCAAUCAUUGCCUAUUGAAUGCUCCCUAUGUGAUUGGAAUGGUUUCUUGAGGAAUUAUGAGGAUCAUCUACAACAAUCUCAUCCGAAUCCACCAUGUAACUAUUGUGGAAAGAAAUUUAAUUCAACGAAUGAUCUAGACUUUCAUAAAUUAAAAGAAUGUGAUAAAAUUACUGUACCUUGUGCUCUCAAAGAUUAUGGAUGUUCAAAUUCUGUUAUUCGUGCUGAAAUAGUAGUACAUUAUAAAAGUGAACAACAUCAAACUGCAAUAAUUACUUUCAUACGUAGAGUUUUAUCAAAAUCAAUAAAUGAUCAACAUGAGAGAGGCUCGACAAUGGAUGUUGAUACAUUACCUCCAACCACUAUAUCAUCUGAUAAUGCAAAUGUCCAAUUACAAGAAGUAUGUCAAACAAUUGAUAUUCUUGCUGAUGGAGUUUCAACAUUGAAUGAAGAUGCACAACGAUUAAGUCAUGAAUCAGUUUAUAUACGGAAUUCUACUGAUACAUUAAAUCGUGAUUUUUCAGCAUUGAAAUUAAGUAUUCAAGAACAAAGUAUAUAUUUAGAUGGACUUAAACCCAAUCAAGAUGUUCUUAAUCAAGAUGUUGCAUCAUUAAAACAAAAACUUGACGAUAUGCAAUUUGUUUCUUAUGAUGGUGCAUUAUUAUGGAAAAUAACAAAUUUUAAUGGCAGAAUGGCUGAUGCACAAUCUGAACGACAAACAUCAAUCUAUUCACCACCAUUUUAUUCAUCACCUACAGGCUAUAAAAUGAGAGCUCGUCUUUACUUAAAUGGAGAUGGAAAUGCUCGUCGUACACAUAUGUCACUUUUUUUUGUACUCAUGCGAAGUGAAUACGAUGCUAUUCUCAAAUUUCCCUUCAAUUAUAAAGUAACAUUUUGUUUAUAUGAUCAAACUCCAACACAACAGCAUAUCAUCGAUUCAUUUCGACCAGAUGCCAAAUCAAAUAGUUUUCAACGUCCACGAUCUGAAAUGAAUAUUGCAAGUGGCAUUCCAAAAUUUUGUUCAUUGUCAACAAUUCAACAAGAAGGUAAUGUUUAUGUUCGAGAUGAUACAAUGUUCAUUAAAAUUAUGGUGGAUUUUUGUGAUACACCGAAAAUAUUAUUACCAUUUGUAUUGAACCUUAAUCCUGGAUUUCCAGUGAAUAUUCAACAAAUAUUGAUUAAACAAGAAGCAGAAAAACGGACUCAACAAACUUCCACUUCAUCAGCUACUUAG